AUGAACCGCACAAAUUCUCCAUUAGAUGAAGCGUAUGCGACAUGCAGUGGAUUGGAUUUAACUUUAAAAGAUCAAUCUGUUUUGGAAUCCCAUGUACAAGCCUCAUCGACACCAAGACGAUUAAAUUAUAUCCCAUCAAAAACUCUUCACGAACAAAACGAUUAUUAUUGUUCAGAACAAUUCAACGCCGAAAAUAACUCUUUUAUCAUUGGUGAUCAUAUAAACCAAGUUCAAAAUAGUAACGAGUCUCUAGAGAAUAAUAAACAACUUGAUCAACGACUUGGAUUUAACUAUAGUUCAGGCUCAUUUAACAGUAAAGGUUCAACUGUUUCUUGUUACCACUCGGUGCAAUCAAAUAAUUUGGACUAUAGUAAAGAAACUGCAAAUCCUGAUAAACUAAGUCCCCUUGACCUACGUAUUAAGUCAUUCUCGGAUGAUGUUAACUUGAUUAAUAACAGAAAUAGUGGAUAUUUAGUUAUUACUACAGACACCAAAACAGAAUGUGAAAUAUCCACCCAUAUAUUCUUAUCUAAUCAGGCGAUACCUCAGACAAAGCGUUCAAAUAUUGAAAAACAAACGGGUAGCUCCUUCAACAUCCAGUCCAUACUAGGAGUAACAGAUCAAUUUAAAGUAUUUUCUGAAACUACCAGUAAUACAGAUAGUAAUACAAAUGAUGAUAACAUAAGAAAUAAUAAUAUAGAGAUAAUAGAUCGAACAAAAACCUCAAAUUCUUUUUUCGAUCAGUUUCUAGUUGGUUAUUUGCAAGCAAUGAAUCCAUUACUACUGAGUUCACGUGGAAUUCAAAUGCAGAGUGUAAUUACACCACCACAACCGGUGGACACUACUGUAACCAUACAGUCUACAAAUUCAGUCUCGACGACACUCCCGUUAAAUGAAACAGGUACUGUGAAAUUCUCAGUUAAGCAGCGUGCAAAAAAGUUGAAUCCUACUACAUCAAUGUACAGCAUAACUAACGGUAUGACCAAUAGACAAUUAGACGUGAAAAAUAAUGAUCCCAUUCAUGGCAGUUUAAAACAAACGGGACGUAUUCAAGAAUCAAUGAAGAAUGUUUACGAUUUGAGUGGUUCAUCGCUAUCGAGUGAAGAUGAUGUAAUAACUAGACAACGAGCCAAAACGUCUGACGUAGGAAAAACACCUGUUAUUCUUUAUUGCCCCGAACCAUCAGACAGCAAAACAAAAGUGAAGGCCAUGCUGGAACGGAAUGACCCGUGUUUAAAAUAUGUCAAUGAUGGAGCUGCGAUACGCAACCCAUUUGCUAUUGAUCGAAAAAUUCAACUGGUCCAUUUAACUUCACUAUUAUGUGUCAAACUUGAUAACGGUACAUAUUUGUGCAAAGGAUGCAACCGUACAACUAAACGUUUAAGACCAAUGCAACAACACUUACUGUCACACAGUGCAAUUGUACGCCCGUAUGUCUGUCCAGAAUGCGGACGAUCAUUUAGCCAGCGUUGUUCAUUAGAAGGUCAUCGACGCAAAAUACAUAGGAUUCAGUUGAAUUAUCCACCAAAUCAACGUCGUGAAAUAGUACGUGUUUGUGAAACCUGUGGUUAUUCAUGUCCUAAAUUAUAUGAUAUGUUACAGCAUACAUUAAAUAAUCACCCAUACAGCAACUGUUUACCAAGACUACAACGCCAAUUAAUAAGAUAUAAAGAAAAACUCCAGAGUACUUCACUUACAUCAGAUGAUGACAACCGAUCUUCAAAUAUACGAGAUACGCUAGAAGCAACUCGUAAUUGGUCUUGCAUAUCACCAUUUUCAAACAAUCAUAAUUUCACUUAA